GUUCGCGAUGUCAGCUGGCAUUCGCAAGAGCCUGUCUUGAUGAGCGUCGCAUGGGGUAAUGGACAUGAUGGAGGCAAUGUUGCGAAGCACGAGUGGAAGGGAAUGGGGAAAAACGGGAUGACACUCGAGGACGUCAUCGCGCGGCAGCAGCAAGAAAGCCUUGAA